GGGUUCGUGAUCCAUCCACUAACCACCACUCCAAUCUCUCUCUCCCCCUCGUAUUCGUUUUGCUCUCACGGAAACACAGAACGAGAGCUCGACCGUGGGAGGCGAAAGGAAUGAGAGGGAUGGGUUCCCCCAGCGCCGCCAUCCUGUUUUCCUGCGUCGCGAUGUCCAUGGUCGCUGUCGGGUCUGCCGCGUCUAACAACUCGAGCUUCAUAUCAAUGGCGGCCCUUGAAAGCGCGGAUCCAGCGUCGUCGCGCAAACUGUUCGGCAUUCCCAUGAUGGAUCAAGGGGUCUGCCCGGUGCGCUUCGACCAGAUGCAGCACUUCGGCAGGAUAGAGGCCACCUGCAAGGGGGACCAAGUGCCGACGUCACAGUGCUGCGAUGCGUUCGCGUGCCCCUAUCGGGACGAGCUGAACGACCUGGAGAACGGCUGCUCCACCGAAAUGCUGAUCCGGAUCAACACGAUUUGCAUGCUGCCGACGUCCUUCUUCGUCGAGUGCGGGAACUCGCGGCAGGGGAUCGACUGUGAAUCUGUGAAAGGUUAAUCGUGCAAGUAUAUUAUUAACCCACGUGGCUGCCGGCCUGCGCGACCGGCUGCGCGGUCCGCUGGUGUCCUUUCCUGAGAUCGAAGUGAGAAAACCCCACGGGAUAUGAUGUGCUCGAUCGAUCAGUUAUUGGCUAGUUGACGACCGAGCGAGCCUAUCUACAUGCCCGGCCCGUACGUGCCAUAUGUACAUUUGAUUUGUGGAAUUGAAUUUGUUGGAAAUAUGACCCAGAGGCAACAAUAAAGUUUA